GCUCCUGUAGACUCUCCGAUAUAUAGUUACGUAGUUGACUUGAGAAAUAAUUUGGUCUAUAAGUAGCACAUACACAUUUUCUAACUAUGCGAUUAUCUUAUAAGACAAAAGUUUUAAGAAUCCUUCUUCAGUCGAUCUUAAAAUCCGACAACCCAAAAGCCUCAUCAUAAGCAUAAAGGUUAGUUAAUUCAAUUAAUUUGACGAUUAGGCGUUCGAACUGGAUUAUCUUCGGUUCUUAUGCGACAAACGUUUAAUCAUUUGCUUUCUAAUUAAAUAUAUAUAGCUAUAAUGUUUGUUAUUGUCUUUGUAGAUAAUCUAGAACAAAAUUCAAUGUCUGGAAAUAACCAGUUAGGAGUGCUCAAGGCACUCGAUGUAGCCAAAACACAGCUUUACCAUUUCACGGCAAUUAUUAUCGCCGGUAUGGGUUUCUUCACCGAUGCCUACGAUUUAUUUAGCAUUGCAUUGGUCACAAAGCUUUUAGGUCGCAUCUACUACCACAAGGCGGGUGCAGAGAAGCCGGGAACACUCCCACCAGAAGUGGCGGCGGCGGUCAAUGGUGUUGCUCUAUGUGGGACACUUAUGGGUCAACUAUUUUUUGGGUGGCUUGGAGACAAACUUGGCCGGAAAAAAGUAUAUGGAAUCACUUUGAUUAUGAUGGUUGUUUGCUCUGUCGCCUCCGGUCUCUCGUUUGGAAAUAAUUCAAAAGGCGUCAUGACCACUCUUUGCUUUUUCCGGUUUUGGCUAGGAGUUGGUAUUGGAGGUGACUACCCACUCUCAGCAACGAUCAUGUCGGAGUAUGCGAACAAGAAGACUCGUGGUGGGUUCAUCGCGGCCGUGUUUGCUAUGCAAGGGUUUGGAAUCUUGGCUGGAGGCAUCGUUGCACUAGUACUAUCGAGUAUUUUCGAUUACCAAUUCCCGUCGCCCAUCUAUAGUGUAGACCCGUAUGCCUCGACUGUACCUCAAGCUGAUUACUUAUGGCGUAUCAUCCUUAUGAUUGGUGCUCUCCCCGCAGCGAUGACCUAUUACUGGCGAAUGAAAAUGCCCGAGACUGCUCGUUACACCGCUUUAGUUUCCAGAAACAUCAAACUAGCUGCACAAGACAUGUCAAAAGUCUUGCAAGUGGAUCUUAAAGCUGAUGAAGAAAUUGCUGAAAACAAGGUUACAGAUCCUAAGCUAAACUACGGCUUGUUCUCCAAAGAAUUUCUUAAGCGCCAUGGACUUCCUCUCCUCGGAACUACAUCCACUUGGUUCUUUCUUGACAUUGCGUUUUACAGCCAAAACUUAUUUGAAAAAGAUAUAUUUUCUGCCAUCGGAUGGAUCCCAAAAGCGGCAACGAUGAAUGCCAUCCACGAAGUUUACAAGAUUGCUAGAGCGCAAACCCUCAUUUCACUAUUCAGUACCAUCCCAGGUUACUGGUUCACCGUCUUAUUCAUUGAUAUUAUGGGAAGAUUCGCGAUCCAGAUAAUGGGAUUCUUCUUCAUGACCGUGUUUAUGUUCGCUUUAGCUUUGCCUUAUGACCAUUGGAUCAAACCAGACAACCGCAUUGGAUUCGUUAUUAUAUUCUCCCUAACUUUCUUCUUUGCAAACUUCGGUCCGAAUGUAACUACAUUUGUUGUACCUGCUGAGAUAUUCCCAGCAAGGUUGAGAUCUACAUGUCAUGGAAUUUCAGCCGCGGCAGGAAAGGCGGGAGCUAUCGUGGGUGCGUUUGGAUUCUUAUACGCGGCUCAGUCAAAGGAUAAGAACAAGACGGACGCAGGAUAUCCACCGGGUAUUGGUGUCAAGAACUCGUUGAUCAUGCUUGGUGUUAUUAACUUUGUCGGUAUGCUCAUGACAUUUUUAGUGCCAGAAUCCAAAGGAAAGUCUCUUGAGGAGCUUUCGGGUGAGAAUGUGAAUGAUGAGACGGCUUCAUCCAAGGCCAGUCUCUCCAGAAGAAACUGAAGGGAUACCGACUUGUGGCUUAAUCAAAAUUGUGUAGUUAUUUUUUUUUCAUUUGAUUUCAUGUAAAAUUUGUUGUUUAUAUUAUGUUAUAAUUUUUUUGGAGAAAUUACUUAAUACCGUAGGUUGGCUAAUACUUUAAAAAUACUCUAACAUUAGAGUUUAAGAUAUUAAAUUAUUUUUAGAGUUUAGUAUUUAAGGGGUAAUGUUGGAUUUAUAAACCGUUAUAAAUGAUUAAACAUUUAUAAAUAUUUAGAGGGUUAGUUUAUUAUUAUUAUUCAUAAAUUAGUGUAUUUAUAAAAGUGGUCAUUCUUUAAAGGUAAAUUUGAAAAGUGUAUAAUGUUUGUUGUAUAAUUAGAAUUCUCCCAACAUAUUUUGGUGACUAUUAAAAACACUAAAAAAAAGAAAAAAAAAACAAUAUAAAUAAAACAUUAUGAAUAAAAGGGAAUAGUUAUGUUCUAUAGUUCUGUAAGAAUAGAAGAAUGAAAAAGAACCAUGUAUCAAAUAUUUCUUAUAAAAAGGAAAAAACAUCAAUUCACUAUUUAUAUUCAUUCUUUUUUUAAGGAAUAUGAUAUAUACUAUAGAUUUUACCCACUUUCAGCAAUGAUAUAUAAGUAUUAGGAACU